AUGAAGUUAGUUGUGGAGGACCAUUCUCCCAGGCUCACUUUAAAUGUGCUCUCCCCUAUUGUCCAAGGUGAUGGGACUCAAAUAUCUCCAACAGCUAAAUUGCCUGACAGUUACAACAUGAAAUGGAAGAAACCUGAUCAUCGUCCACUGCAGAAGAAGGUGACUACAUGGCGUUUGAAACCGAAGUCUCCACUAUCCGUUCUGAAGUUACCACACGCAAAAGUGCCCAUAACGAAGAGACCUCGACUCCCAAUACCAUUGGUACUGCUGCCGCCCCGUCAAAAACAACUGCCACUUGCUCUCAAAUCUCCCAAUUGCAAAGCUAGACAACCCAACCCUUACGUUGCUUCCGGUUCGUCUCCACUUGACUUCGUCUCCCCAAACUCGGACUUAUCGGAUUCUUCUGACGACGAAAGUAAUCCCUCCAACAAUUCUGAGGUGUUGAUUAUCUCUGAUACUUCCGACUCAAGUCUGUCUGGACGCUCAAGUAGCUCUGGUAGCCUUGACUCCGAUAGCCCCAUGUCUGACCUGUUUCAGAGGACGGAGCUGAUCCUUCACUUUGAUAGUCAAAGUCGGUUGGUGGUGUGUGUUGGCUGCAGCCAUCCCGAAGUGGUUUUCACACGGACUAUGAGACAGCACCUUCGCCGCUUCCAUGGAGCCAAUGCUGCCCGUCACUUCCAGUCGGCUCAACGGUUUUUCGAUGCCCAUCCGAGACGUACUGAAACGUUUCCAUCAAACUUACUAUCGCCAUUGCCGGUGCUCACGAUAAACCGCAAGGUAAAGUGUGAUGGGUGUUCUCGGUGCUGGCUGCAAAACGAGGAAAGACCAUGCUCUUGCAACAGUAAUACCCGACUUAUCGGCACACAACGGUGCACUGUCGAUGGUCCCGAGCUCGAGGUAUUGACGUGGUUUAUUGGAGCUGCCACCGCUUCACAGGAAAGCUUUCCCCUGAUGUUUACUGAACCUGACACCGGCUCAGUUGAUAGUAUCUACGGACGUGAACAAAUUGAUUUACCCUACAGCGACUUGGUAAAAUUGAUUGACCCUGCUGAUUUGGCUUUGGCUGAGGCCCACUUGAUAUACCUGACUUCAUGGUUACAAUACGCUGCUGUUCAAACCAUUGGUCGUCUUGGUUUCCCCGACGAUAUCGACAUAAAUCUCAACGGGCUCACCCGCGAUGGCACUUUGGAGUUGGCCAUGCUUCAUAUCAUGCGAACGUACCGGAGUAACCUUUCUUACUUGUUAAGCGGAAGGCUGAGACAAGCGCUUGAUCGGAUGGUUACCGCUUUAGACACACCCCUCCCCUCUCGCCGACGCUAUGACGAAGAUGAUUGGAGUUUCCUCGACGCCGCCGACACUGCUGUUCUCGAUGCAAUAUACUGUCUUUUGAGCCAAGGCCUUGGAGGUCAGUUUACUGAGUGUCCUUUCAUUAGUGUGAUUGCGAAAUGGUCGACGAGUGGCCCUGAAUGGUUUACUGAUGAGCAAACAUACCGACGUGUGUUGUUGUUUUUAAAGACGAGAUUGCUUACCAUGCUUUUCAGAAAAGCCUGUGUUGAAGCUCCUGAAGAUCCUCGGGGCUGGAUUGCCGAAUCAGCUGAGCUAUUCGAUCCUAGAGGCAAUCAGGCUCUAGGGAAGAUGAUUCAUGUCGAACACGUUAUGGAAAUGUCUGAUGAUACAUUAUCUAGUUCAUCGUCUGUUUAA